UGUAAUCGAUCGGGAUGUCGCUUAUCUACUUCGCUAGCGGCGAUAGCCAUGCGAACAUUGAGUAUCAGACUAUUUCCUCGACAGCCACAGAGGCUAACUUGGAGCAAUCUGAACGAUUGCACGAUCGCAUCUCCAAAGCACAAUUCCAGAAGCUGUACGAGCGCUUUAAGAGUGCACCAGAUCAAGUAGUUGGCUGCGGGGACCUACGACGCAUGCUGGAGGAUGUGGACAUUAGUUUUAGCGAUUUCACCUACACCCGCCUCUUUUUGAAGAUCAAUCAAAAUCACGAUUUUAUGAUAGACUGGAAUGAGUUUGUCUCAUAUCUGAUAUUUGGGUUUCAGGACGAGGAUCCUAGCAGUCAAAAGGAGUCAUUGAUUAUGCCCAUCUCAACGGCUCCAGUUGUACGCAAGACCGAACAUCGUUCAGCUGUCUGUUGCAUCACUCUGCUCAAGGUCAAAUCCGAUCAGACUCCAUUGGAGGACAUAACAGAGUCGACCAACUAUUCAUUUGGUGGCGAAGAUUCGCCCGAAAAUUCGGGCAUGUGGGUAACAGCUAGCCACGAGGGUCAGCUGCGCUUCUGGAGCGCACACAUGGAGCCACUACGCAGUGCCGUCUCCGAGAGUAUUCAUUUGAAGGUGCCCACCUGGAUACUGGCGCUGCAGGCGCUCUCUGACGUGAGCAUCGUGUGCACCUCUUCCACAGAGCGAGAGUUGCGCUUCCAUGAGACGAUUGCCUCCACAUUCACGCUGCGCAUGGUCAUUCGGAGCUUGCCUUUUGCCGUGUACUGCAUGAGCUAUGCCUUCUACAACAAUGGCAAGACGCACUCGAGGCUGGUGCUCGGGGACUAUGCAGGGAAUGUGCGCAUCCUCUCCUAUUCGCCAUAUCUGCGUGGUCCCUUCCAGGCGAAGCCGGGCGCGGCAUUGGUUGAGCUCACAUGGGCGGAUGUGCUGCGCGGUCGUAUACCUUUGCUGAUACCUAAGGAAUACAUAAAUCUGCACAAUGAGCUAAUCUCUUGUGUAUAUUACUCCCUGCACAUGAACACGUUGUUCGCCUCGGCCGAGUAUCGGAACACCAAGAAGUACCGUGGCCGUUGCCCCGGUCUCAUCAUGGUCAGCAACGAGGAUCGCAACAAUUUCCGUAUACCAUUGGGCGUCUCCGUUUUCUAUGUGUCUGAGGUGAAAAACAUUUUGGUCACUGGUGGGCCCGAUACUUUUGUUCGCAUCUGGGAUGUCUAUAUCUCAUCGGAGCCAUCUGCGAUCCUCACCGGUCACAAUGGCGGCAUUGUGGCCGUCUUUGUGCAGCCGGAGGAGAACAAGGUAUAUAGCGUCGACUAUCAUAAGAUCAUCAAGGUGUGGGAUCUGCAGGAACACACCCUGCUCCAGACCUAUGGCGAGCUGGUGCGCAUCAUUCAUCCCAGCGAAAUGGAUAUUAAAUACUAUUAUCAUUCGCAUCUGCGUGAGCUCAUGGUCGCCGGUCGCAAACUCAUCCAGAUUAAAUGCUGUCCGCGAGUCCGUGUCGAUCUCACCGAUGGCAACACCCACGCCGCACCCGUAUCCGUGGUCCUGUACAAUCGUCUCUUUCGCAACAUUGUCACAUGUGGCCUCGAUAGCUAUAUCAUUGUGUGGGAUCCAUGGACGGGUCGUCGCAAGAUCAUCAUGAAGAACUGCCACACGAAAAUGAUCUAUGGCGAGACCAUUGACAUUGAGAUUACGGCCGCCUGCUUCGAUCCUCUCGAACAAUUUCUCCUAACUGGAGCACGAGAUGGUUCCCUUAAGAUUUGGAACUAUAACAAUUCGGUUGUGGUGCGAAAUAUGAGCAUACAGAUAGACCAGGAGGUCACUGCCGUAAUCUGGGUGGUGGAUCGAAUUUUGGCCAUGGGCUGGGAUCGGCAGGUGACAGAGUUCAAUGAUGUUGGGGGUGAGUAUGGCGAUCCAAAGAAAUGGGCCAAAUUUCAUACGGAUGACAUUACCUGUGCCGAUGUUAAGCUGGGCGAGGGCGUCGUCACGGCCACUUACUCGGGCGAGAUAAUUUUCUGGAAACUGGAGACGGGUCAGCCGUAUCGCCGUUACAAUGUGAUGGAUCCCAGCAAGUUCAUUGAGCUCAAGCUGACCGCCGAGGAGGAGAAAUUGUCACGUCGAACCAAGCGAAUGUCCUCGCUGCUGGGAGUGAAUAAGCGAAACACUUCCUUACUCUCUAGUAAACCGGAUGAGAUCAAAGACUAUGGUGCCAAAAUACCCGUUUCUGUGCAGGCUGUGCUCUUUCUACAGAAACGUCCCAUGACCAAGGAGCAUGGCAGCGUCUUUAUCUCCUUGGAUACAGGAAUCAUUCAAGUAUAUUCGCACCAUCAGCACGGCGGAUAUAUCAAGGAAUUUGUCGCCGUUCACAAAGUGGGCGACUGUGUGCUGACCAUGGCCACGGAUCGUAAGAAUCGUUUCCUCUACACUGGCACAGCCUUUGGUUAUAUCAAGGUUUGGCACAUUAUUAACUAUUGCAUACCUGAGGAAGAGAAGACGCACGUGUGCAUGCCCAGACUGCGGCUGGACUUCAUAUUCCUGCGAAAGGAAAUAUUUUUAACGAGAGCCAAGCGCAUGGUACGCAAUCAGCCGGAGCCCAUGCUAGUUAGCUCCUACAAGGGACAUCUAAAGGCUAUCAAUUCGUUACGCUUCAUCAAUUUGCCUAAGAUCAUAUUCAGUGGCAGUCACGACUAUUCGUGUCGUCUGUGGACACAGGGUGGACGCUACUUGGGCACCCUGGGCACUGUUUUACCCUGGUCAAAGCUGACACCGUUUGAACGCGCUGGUGAAGAAAAUCGAGCUUAUCGCCUGCCCCCGGAUAUCAAAAAGGUGGCCAGCUCGACAACACUUAAGGUGAUAUCUGGCAUACAGCAUUCAUUCCAAGUGAAGCGUGCGAAGCCCACCGAGGAACGGGAGGAUGAAGGUGAAGUGGAGGACACCGGCGCCGAUAUGAAGAACAUGUUCGAUCGUCCACUUCGGGAGCCCAUUCUUGGCAAGCACUUCGCGUUGCCAGGUCGCAGCGCGAUCGAACAGCGCAUUGAGCUGGAUACGGCACAGUUGUACGUACCCAUCUAUUCGCAUUUGAGGGUACAUCCAUCGGAGAUAAUGGAGAAUCUGCCAAUGCCGCCAAUUAUUUCUCAACUGAAAGGGGAGAACUACUUGGAUCAUUAUAUGCCCGUCGUGGGCAAAGUGGAUACCAGCAGUUCUGCCAUUAACAUCAGAGAGCCGAUUAAGGUAGGCCGUUCCAGGGCCGGCGGCACUUUGCGUCAAGCUCCUCGGGUUAGCUCCAGUCGGGACAAACCAAAGACAAACUCUGUGCUGGGCAUGCCCAGAGCUGGCACCAGCCUAGGCAAGUCCAUGGCUAACUCUGCUAAGGCUGGCGUCAGUUCUGGGUAUGGCAGAACGAACUUUGCUGCAAGUCGUCCCAGGUCUUACAGCCCCACGAGCUCCAUAUCAAGCCACAUCAAGACCGGCCGGAAGCCAGAUUUCAGUGCAGGCAAAGCGAAGGCCGCGUGGAGCUCCCACAAGGCUAAGCAGGUACCCACUCCAGCCAAAGCCAAGCCGGAAUUCACUCUAGCCAACACCAAGCCUGCCGUUAGACGAAACAAACGCGAUGCCAGUCCAAUCAAGGCCACAACAAGCACAGCCAAAGCGCAGAACAAGAAGCCCUAAUCUUCGUUGCUAAAACCUAGUCGAAAUGUGUGUUUAUUUGGUGUUUCAUUGUUUUGGAUGCCAUUGCUCUGGGAAUUAAAUUAAAGUGAUUCC